AUGGCUCCGUGGUGGUAUACCGCUAGCAGCACUCUGCUGCUGUCGUCGCUCAGCGCCGCGGCCUGGCCCUACUCGACUUAUAGUUCGAUGGACUUCCAGCCGCCGCAGCUGCAGGUGAACAGAACUGGAACCACCGAACCUGGUUAUAUCUUCCUUGGCCCUCGUGGGGGCGUCCAACCUGCCGGUCAGGCGGCGCUCAUCUACGACGACGAGGGUAACCUGGUCUACGAGGGCCCCGACGAGGUAACCGCCAACUUCCGUGUCCAACAGCUGAACGGUGAAGAUGUGAUCACCUUCUGGGCCGGUGAAAUGAGUGACCUGGGCUACGGUUACGGCGCUGUCCACAUCCUCGACAAUAGCUACAAGGAGAUCCACACCGUCACCUUGACUGGUGCCUUCGUGACUCCGGACUCCUCAAGCAAAGACUCAUACAUUGACCUACAUGAGAGCUACAUCACCCCCGACAAUACCUUGCUGGUGACUGCCUACAACCUGACCCAGCACGACCUAACCUCCCUCGGCGGCAACUCGUCGGAGUGGAUGCUUGACAGCCACUUCUACGAGAUCGAUAUCGCCACCAACCAAAUUCUCUAUUCCUGGAGCGCCCUCGACCACGAGGACCAAAUCCCGCUGACCAGCUCGCAUCAGAAACUGGGCGGCGAUGUCGGCUCGCAGGAGAAGCCCUAUGACGCCUACCACAUCAAUGCUAUCGCCACCACCAACAACGGCUACCUCGUGUCUCUGCGCCACAUGUGGUCUGGCUACUACCUGUUCCCCAAUGGCACCAUCGCAUGGCAGAUCAGCGGCGAGAAUGGCGGCGAUUUUGCACAGGUUGGCAACGCCAACUUCAGCUGGCAGCACGAUAUGCGCGUGUACAAUGAGACCGACGAGGGGCUCGUCCUCAAUCUGUUCAACAACGCCAACACCCCGACCGAAACUGAGGCCCCUACCACUGGCGUUAGCCUGGCAAUUGACCUAGUCAACAAGAAGGUGACGGGCCUGCGCUCACUGACGGACCCGAGCGACCCCAUUCACUCUGUCAGUCAGGGCAGCUACCAGCUGCUGAACGAGGUCAACGGCCACGUGCUCAUGGACUACGGCUCCAUCUCCAAGGUCAAGGAGUACGACGGUGAUGGCAAUGUCGUGCUUAGCGCGCAAUUCGGCGAGGACAAUGCUGUCGCGUCAUACCGCGGCUACCGCUGCCAGUGGAGCGCCGUUCCCUUCUGGAAGCCCUCUUUGAUUGUUACCAAAACUAGCGAAGGAGCUACAGUGUACAUGAGUUGGAACGGUGCCACCGAUUACGACAACUGGGUUGUCUACUCGGCUGCCACUACGGACUCGGCGAACAACCAGCAGAUCAGCGCUGCGAACCGUACGGGCUUUGAGACCACUGUGAACAUUACCAGCCCGCCCACAAACUAUAUCCAGGUCGCUGCUUUCCAGGGUACUAAGGUUCUUGGUACUUCUGAGAUUGUCUCCUUCUAA